AGGAUUGUAUUAUAACUUAGAUUAGCAGAAAUCCCCUAACUGAGAAGUAGAUUUAUUCCUCUAGAAUAAAGCAAACUGCUAUUAAAUAUUCUCUCGACGAUUACAAAUUCAGUUCAACUCGCCAGUAAUUUUUGUUCAUGCUUGCUUUAUUUAAGAUAGAUAGCGAAUGGCUGGGUUGGUACUAAGUAGUACCAUUCAAACUUAAGAGUGGAUUGAAGAACAAAUUAUCAAAAUAACUAUUUCCUAUUUUACUCUUUCGUAGUCUAUUUAAACGCUAUAUUUUGCUAACAAUUUGGGACCAAGUUAAAGUUUGUGUUAUCUUUGAGAAAGUUAUUUCCUCCGGGCAAUUAAUUUUACUUAUAACCCCAAACGUUGUUUCAUUUUGCCAAUAGGUCUUAUUACAACACCACAGGUCUGAGUCAAUUGCAAUUUAGACUAGUUUUGACAGCCACUUUAUUGCAUUUCCCUCAGCUACGUUUAAGAACUUCAUUGUGGCAAUUGGUACAAAAUGAAGCCGAAAAGUAGAAAUGCCUCGACUGAACAUGACGCUCCGACUACAAGCAGUGCCACCGCUACUGCGUUGUCGUCUCCGUCUGUUAGAAUAUCACCAGUAGUAUCUUUUAGCCACGUGCGAAACAGUUCGAAUGUCAGUGGCAUGUCUGACAACUUGCGAUCAUGUGCCAGUUGCACUGAAGAGUUUAUCACAUUCCAAGCCGAACACGAUGAAGAUCAACCUAUGGGCGACAACAGCGUCGAGUUGCCGAAUCGAAGCGGCAGCACUUCAGGAGGUCCGGGUGGAUCCUCGUCAGUCGGCAGAACCCGAAGCAGCACCAGUGGACGACGUCGUAGGUUCGCACGACUCAGGCCCAACUCGACUGUGAUGACAGACGAGGAGCGACAACAGCGUGAUCAACAACGAGACCAAUACUCGAAGGCGAAACGACAGUAUGUACGAAGAGUGGAAGAGUAUAUUAAAAAUAACAGUUUUGAUAAGUUACAAGGAUGGCUAAAAUUCAGAUGUGCUGUUUUCCACAAGAUGUGGAUCAAAUUCUACUGUGUGCUAAAACCGGGUUUCUUAGUAGUAUAUAAAAACGAGAACAUGCAACGUCGCAUUGGUUGGGUCGGCACAAUUCUUCUAUCUUCUGUUUACAUAAUCGAGAGACCAACGCAACGCGAAGGGUUCUGCUUUAAACUCAUACACUGUUUGAACAAGUCGCUGUGGGUUAACAAGGGUCCGAAAAAGUUGCAACCUGUGGGGAAUCUGAAAGGGCUGAACUUGCCUCUGACGUCUGUGAUUAUAAGAGCGGAGUCCGAGGAAGUCGGCAAGAAAUGGCUUCAAGCUAUGAAGACAAUGUGUGCCUCAUUUUUCUAUGACGUCAUACCUCCAGUUGCGGGCUUAGCUGUCAUUGAAGACUUCACAGUUCAAUCAACGCCGAGUGACUCCUCGGAGAACGGAGAUGAAGAAAACGAUGUGAACAAUCAGAACAACUCAGUAGACUCGGUCGAAAUUGAUCAAUCAGCGUGCUCGGAGCAAAUACACGAAGAAACGAUGUAUGUUCGAGACAACGAGGAACCCUUGGCGCAUCUGAACCAGCUCUCAAAAGCAGCUGGAAACCAACUUGGAAACGGAAAAUUGGAUAUCCUAAUUGGACUUGCCAGACAAAUUAAACCAAAUCAACCCCUGUCCAGAAUUGUAAUACCCCCAUUUGUAAAUUACCCGAGGUCAUUUCUCGAUAAGCUACAAGACAUGUUUUAUAAAGUGGAUCUAAUAGCUGAUAUGUCGAAAGCGCCUACGCCGAAAGAAAGAAUGGAAAUAUUCGCUAAGUUCAUGCUUUGGCUGCAGAAUUUUCAUCCGACUCGUGAAAUGAAGAAGUACUACAAUUCAGUUUUAGGCGAGAGGUCGAGGUGUUACUUCCAACAUCCAAACCGGAUCUCGAACCCACUUCAUAGCCGAAGAGGUAACUCAUCAUCCGCCUGCGAGUGCUAUUUACUGCGUGAACAAACAAGAGGGAUUUAA